GCUCCUCUCGAGAAGGCCUGAAGCGUUCCAGAAAUGACCCCGCCAAGUGUGCGACUGGCCACGGCAACAGAGCAGGGGUUUCUGGGAAACACGAGUCCGGGAAACUUGAGUCCUAUUUGUCGUCCACCAGCAAGUUUCCGGCGUCCAUGUCUGAGAAGCCACAUCGCCCAUCUUCCUCUGCUUCCUCUAAGCCAGGCGCCAAGCCAGCGGCCGGGAAGGAGACCGCCUUAGGACAGGACUCAGAGCUCCAGUCCUCCAGCGCGCCACAGAAGAAGCCGAAUCCAACGCAGCAGAAGAAGAAUCCUCCAGGUUCCUACUUGCUCUAUCUGUCUGGCCUCCCUGUAGAUGCCAAGUACCAGGAAGUGGUGUCACUGGUGCAGUCCUUCGGCAAGGUCACCAACGUCCUCAUCAUCAGGAACGAGGAGGGGGAUGAGAACCAGGGGCAGCCGCAAUACAGUAAAGCCACUGUUUGCAUGCAGAAAGAGCAGGAUGCUAAAGCACUGGCUGAGUGCCUCACUCUCACCAUACGGGAACACCCCAUCUCUGUCUCCGACCAGAAUGGCGAGGAGGAGCUUACUUCCUCCAUACCUGUCAUUAUAAAGGGAGAAGUGAUCGGUGCUCCAAAGACACCUGCGGCCCCCAACGAGGCCAACUUGACCGUCAAAGUCCCAGAAGCCAGCGUUGGUCAGAAGAAUUCAAAUGAGAUACACAGGGAGCAGGUGAAGCCACAGAGGAAGAGGAAGAGGGGCUGUAGAGCGGGACAGCUCGAGAGACUCAAAAGACUACAGAGGGAAAACAAGAGGGGCAUGGUCAAGAUUACUGGACUUCCUGAAAGCGGCUGCUCCGAGAUUGAUAUCGCAAAGCUGGCCCAGCCCUUCGGAACACCUGUCAAGAUCCUCCUCAUCACCAAGCCCAGUGAGGCUCUGGUCACCAUGCAGGAUGUGGAGACAGCCCAGGAGAUGGUGAAAGUUUACACCGACAUGCCUGUCAGCAUCAACGACUCUGUUCUGAACAUGAGCCUGCUUCCAAACCUCCUGGUGGACUUCAACAGACCGGUGGCACUUUUCCAUUCAUUGAUGGGACCCAGGAAUUCUGUUAGUGAGGUGGGAGGUGAUGAUGAUGACUGGAACCGUCUCCUGGUUGUCAGUAAUAUCCCGGCCACGCCCUCCGGCCCAACUGAGAUCCAGAAACUGGUCCAGCGCUUCGGCACAGUCCAACAGACUCUGGCACUCAAGGACAAGAUCAUCUUUGAGAUGGGAACAGCAGACAUGGCCAAGAGUGUCUUCAACCGCUUCCAGAAGUUUCCCUGCAUUGUUCAGAACAACAAGCUUGCCUUCUCCUGGAAACCUGAUCCCAAGACUGAUCUACCUAAAGUCGACAUCUCCUCUGCCGGCUCAACAGCUUCAACUGAUGGCAAUGACUCCCAGACUGCAGAGACCACUAUGCCCCCUGGUGGCCAGGAGGACUCACUGUCUCAGUCAGGAUUAAAGGUGGAGUCAGGAACCGGGGUUGAUACUAAGGUUGAAGGACAGGAGGUUCAGCCAGGGAAUGAAGGGAUGAAUGUUGAAGAAGGGGUUCAAGCCACAAAGUCUCCAGCAUUAGGAAGAAAGGAUCAAGAGAAGGAGCCUGAUGCAUCUCCCUUACAGCCAGCAGGAGUGAACCAGAGAGAACCUGGAGGUCAGGGUGGAGAGGUCGUCACAGAGAAAGUUGUAGACAUUUCAACAACGGAGUCCGAAGAACCAGUCUCCUCAGAUGCUACCUCCGCUCCUCAAGCUGCUAAACCAGAGACAGAAAACAUGUCUGUUUCCAGUUCCACAACAGCCACCCCAGCCCCAAAAGUGAUGGCAGCCAUCAUAGAGGCCUUACGACAGGAGAGCAGGAACAGAUCCUCUACCAGGAUUGCCACCGACCAGGCUGCAGCUGAGAAUCCUCCAGGUAAACAACCAAAAGAUAAGGAGACUCCAGAUGUUCAGGCUGCCCCGGCUCUACCCAGAGUGACCCCAGAGAUCCUGAAGGUGCUGCUGGAGGAAUGCAGGGUCCGGUCCACCAGUAGGGCCGGCGCUGAGCAGGCCAGGAAGGAGCAGGCUCAGGCGCCCCCUGCAGGCCAAAAGCCAUCCACUGGAAACCGAAGAGACCACAGUGGAGACAGGGAGCCUGGAAGAGAGCAGGCCACCAAGAGGAAGACCCGCGAGGAGGAAAGGGAGGAGAGGGAGAGAGCGAGGAGGGAGAGGGAGAGGAGGAUGAAGACCCAAGAGGAGGAGAAGGAGAAAGGAAGGAGGGAGAGAGAGAAGAGGCGGUCCCACAGGGAACGGUCAUCAGGAUCACCGGGGUCCAGGUCCUCUAUGAGGUAUGAGGGGAGCCGGCACAGUGGGAAGAGCGGCGCCAGGUCUGAGUCCAGGAGAGGAAACGGAGAGGAGAAACAGCAGGAAGAGGAGGAGUUAGGUGAGAAGCACGUCCCCUUCGACAUGGAAGACUUUGUGACUGUGGACGAGGUGGGGGAAGCAGCUGCGGUGCCCCUUCUCCCCGAGACAACCACAGAGGUUACAGUUAACGACCCUGUGACCACAGCCUCUGAGGCGGAGCAGCAGGCACCAGCUGACACUACAUCGAUGGAGUUGGAGGGUGAGCCUGGGACAGCCAAGGUACGGGAGGAAGCGCUGGACAAACGAGAACAGAAGGAGGAGGGGUUGUCCCCAGCAACCACAGAGGGUUCGGUGAAGACUGCAGAGGGACCUGGGGACGUGACAGAGGAGACAUUUCCUGACUGUCAGGAUGACAUCAAAGAGCCUGUGGUCACUGUGCCGAAGACAACCUGCGACGAGGUCACUGAGGAGUCCACAACCACAGACUCACCUGGCGCCGCUGGAGAAGAGGAACGGGAUGGACAAGUGGAGGGCCUCAACAUGGGGACGUUUCUGACGGUGGAUGAGGUGGGACAGGUGGAGGAGGACGGGGAGAAGAGGUCUGCUCAGAACGUGGAGUCGAAGCGAAGGAGGACAUCUCAGGAGGAGAGAGAGGAGGAGACGGCGAGGAGGAAGAUGAAGAUGGACCCCCUCUUUUAUAAAGACUACAGCAUCCCUCCCUUCAACCCUGACAGCCCUGUCGGCAUGGAGUUUCUGGUCCCCAAGUCAGGCUUCUUCUGCAAGGUGUGUUCUAAGUUCUAUAGCGGAACUGGCGAGGCUGAGAAGAACCACUGCAAGACCCUCAAACACCAUCAGAACCUGGAGAAAUCCCUGGAGAAGUGGAGAGUGAAGAAAGACUGACUCCAUGAUGAGCUGAAGAGUUAAAUAUUGACUGUCUGUGUCCCAACCACGGACUGAUUCAUUCCUGUCUUAACUCUUUUCUCACUUCCUUGUUUUUGUUUUUCUUCCCCAUGGGUCCAAUCUCACUCACUCACUCACUCACUCACUCACUCACUCACUCACUCACUCACUCACAUUUAUAACUGUUUCUUUUUGUUAGUUAUUUUCCCACGAUAUAGAAGAGAAGUGACUCAAUAGGGAGAAAUUAAAGUAGAAACCAGUGUACAAUGAAAAUAAAGUGUUUUAUUCAA